AUGAGUAUUGCAGCGCCGGUAGAGGUGUUCAAGGAAGGGUUCGGCAACGACGGAGGAGGGGUUAUGGGGCCGGUGCAAGAGCUUGCGGGGAGAGAGGUGCAGGAGGAGACGGAGUACAGGCGGUGGCUGGAGCAAAAGCAUCCUAAGUUGGUGUGCGGGCAGGAGAUGACGAAUGCAAUGGCUGUUUUCGAGCUGGUGUUGAGAUAG